AUGGCUGCUUCUGAGGAGAAGUAUGAUGUUUUCCUUAGUUUUAGAGGCGAGGAUACCCGCCUUGGUUUUACCAGUCAUCUCUACUCAGCUUUGACUAAAAGAAAUAUUAGAGCUUUCCUUGAUGACCGACUUAUCAGAGGAGAGCAUAUUAAUCCGUCUCUUUUGAGUGCAAUCGAAAGAUCAAAGAUUGCAGUUAUCGUUUUUUCACCAGGUUAUGCCUCUUCCACAUGGUGCCUCGAAGAACUUGUACAAAUUGUUAGAUGCAAGAAAGAACAAGGGCAGAUUGUGAUACCAGUGUUCUAUCAUGUAGAACCGAGAGAUGUGAGGAGGCAAUCGGGGUCUUUUGGGGCUGAAUUUGCGAACCUUGAAGAGCGGUUUAUGGAAAAGUCAGAUAUAUGGAGGACUGCUUUGACAGAAGUGGCCAACCUAUCAGGCUGGGAUUCAGCCCUUAUCAGGCAUGAAGCUGUACUUGUACAGCAGAUUGUGAGCGACGUUUAUGAAAAGCUUAAUUAUCUAUCGCUAGUGAAAGAAAAGGAACUGGUUGGUGUGAAAAAACAUAUUGAAAAAAUCGAAUCUCUCUUAUGCAUUGGAUCGAAAGACGUUUUCACAGUGGGAAUUUGGGGCAUUGUUGGUGUAGGGAAGUCUACCAUUGCUAGUGUUAUUUACCGCAGAGUCUAUGAGCAGUUUGAGAGGUAUUGCUUCAUUGAUAAUGUUGGGGAACGCGCAGAGAGAAGUGGACUAAUUUCACUACGCCAAGAAAUUCUAUCAGCAAUCACACUUGUAGACAGAAAUUCUCCAGUUCAUGAAUUACCCUCGAUGAAGGACAAGUCUGGCAGAAAGAAGGUUUUCAUGGUUUUUGAUAAUGUGACACAAUCUGGUCAAAUAGAAAUUUUAAUCGGAGGUCUUGAUUUGUUUGGUCCAGGAAGUCGAAUUGUUAUAAUAACUAGGCAUGAAAAAGUGCUGACAGAAUGUAGAGCGGACAAAAUUUACAGGGUUGAGGGAUUAUUGCAUGCUGAAGCCCUUAUGCUUUUUAAUUCGUAUGCCUUUGGAGAUCACAAUCCCGGGGAACGUUAUUCGGAGCUGUCAACAAGGGUAAUAGUUUAUGCUAAGGGUGUUCCAUUUGUUCUUAAAAUUUUGGGUUCCUUUCUCUCUGGAAAGAGGCCACAAGAUUGGGAAAUUAAAGAAAAGGAACUGGUUGCUGUGAAAAAAGAUAUUGACAAAAUUGAAUCUCUCAUUUGCAUUGGAUCGAAAGACGUUUUCAUGAUGGGAAUUUGUGGCAUUGUUGGCGUAGGGAAGUCUACCACUGCUGGUGUUAUUUACCACAGACUCUAUAAGCAGUUUGACAGGUACCGCUUCAUCGAUAAUGUUGGGGAACGGGCAGAAAGAAGCGAACUAAUUUUACUAAGGCAACAAAUUCGGUCAGCAAUCACAUUCGUAGACACAAGUUCUCCGGUCUCGAUGAAGGAAAAGUGUCGCAGCAAGAAGGUUUUUAUGGUUUUUGAUAAUGUGACAGAAUCUGGUCAAAUAGAAUUUUUAAUCAAAGGUUUUAGCGGGUUUGGUCCAGGAAGUCGAAUUGUUAUAAUAACUAGAGAUGAACGAGUGCUGACAGAAUGUAGAGUGGACAAAACUUACAAGUAUGCCUUUGGAGAUCACAAUUUUGGGAAGCGUUAUUCGGAGUUGUCGACAAGGGUAAUCGGGUAUGCUAAGGGUGCUCCAUUUGUUCUUCAAAUUUUGGGUUCCUUUCUAUCUGGAAAGAGGCCAGAAGAUUGGGAAAGUGCACUCAAUAUGAUUGAGAGAAUUCCUAAUAUAACUUUCCAGGAAAUAUUAAAAAUUUGUUGCGAUGGUGUUGCGAAUUUGAAAAGACAGAAUGUGGCUGCUGAGCAAGUUCUAAUCAGAUGGCAAGGGUUUUCCCCGGCAGCUGCAACAUGGGAGUUCACUGAUGAAAUGAGGCAUCUUUUUUGA